GCGUCUCCCGCGGCACCGGCUGGGGGCUGCGAGGCUGCGGUGAGCGCGCCGGGGCUUCCCGGGGGGAGGAGGGCCCGGCGAUGGAUCCCGGCCCGACAGUCGCGCGAUGGCGGUGGUCGCUGCUGCCCCCGCUGCUCCUGCUGUUGCCGCUGCAGGCUCUGGGCGCUCUCUCCUUGGGCGGCGGCGGCAGCGGCCCCCGCAGGGUCGUCCACGACCUCCUUUCGGAACCGCGGUGGCUGCAGGCGGAGGACUUGUCCCUGAGCCUGCUGCAAGGCGGAGGAAGGCUGGCGCCGCCGGGGCUGCCCCCCGACCUGCCGGAGCUGGAUCCCGAGUGCCGGGAGCUGCUGCUGGACUUCUCCAACAGCAGUGCCGAGCUGACCGGGUGUCUCGUCCGCAGCGCCCGGCCGGUGCGCCUCUGUCAGACCUGCUACCCCCUCUUCCAGCAGGUCGCCCACAAGAUGGACAACAUCAGCCGAGUCGUGGGGAAUACUUCAGACAGCCAUAGUUGUGCCAGAAGUCUCUUAAUGGCAGAUCGAAUGCAAGUAGUUGUGAUUCUGUCUGAAUUCUUUAAUUCCACGUGGGAGAAGGCAAACUGUGCAAAUUGUUUAACAAACACAAGUGAAGAGCUAUCCAAUAGCACAGUGUACUUCCUCAGUCUCUUUAAUGAAACCCUGACAUGCUUUGAAAAUAACUUGCAGGGGAGCAUGGAGGUAAGAAAUUACUCAGGAGUAUGUAAAAACUGUCAUGAAACAUACAAAUCUCUGAGCAACCUGUACAGUGAAAUGCAGAAAACAAACAGGCUCCAGAGUAAGGCUGAAUCGGCAACACACUUAUGCAUCGACGUGGAAGACGCAAUGAACAUUACUCGGAAACUCUGGAGUCGAACUUUCAACUGUUCAGUCCCCUGCAGUGACACCGUGCCCGUAGUUGCUGUCUCUGUGUUCAUUCUCUUUCUGCCUGUUGUCUUCUAUCUGAGUAGCUUUCUCCAUUCGGAGCAAAAGAAACGCAAGCUCAUACUACCCAAACGCCUCAAGUCCAGUACCAGCUUUGCAAACAUUCAGGAAAAUUCAAACUGAAACCUGCGGAGAAUGAACUUCCUCUCCCUCGGAUGGCGGGAGAUGCAGCUUGGUCCAAGAGAAGAUAAAUGGUGGUUUACGACAAGUCAAGUUCUUAAGAAAUGCAAGGACCUUAGGUUUAUUUUUUAAACAGGAGUUUUCAUUUUUUCUUUCUUUUUCUUUUUUUUAAGGGCUUGGGCAUUUUUAUUUUUCAGGCAUAGUGAUGUUAUGCAUUUAAAAGUAUAUUUGUUAGGAUAACAGAAGCUGCAAGAACAAUCUUUCGGGGUUUUGUAGGCAUAUUAUUACUAUUUGGGACUUCUUGGGUCUUAAUGGUAUUUCAGGUAGCAAAGGUUUUGAAAAUUACUAUAUAAAAAUUAAUUACUUAUGGUGAAUACUUUGAAAAAGAAAUAUACUUGCUGAAAAAAAACAUGUAUGUAUGUAUGUAUACUUGCCAAAAAGUAGCAGGUGAAGAUGAAAUUACUUACCAUAGCAGUGUUACCAUUCCAUAUAUAUUUAAUGUCAUACAGUACAGAUCCUAUGUAGUUCAAUUUCUAGUUUCCUUAAAGGCAUUUUUGAAACCACUGGUUAUAACUCUCUAGAAAUUUUUCAAAGUGGUCAGACACAUUCUAUUUAUCUAUGUAAAAAGAUUUGUGGUAACUGGUUUCUUACUUGGUUUUUAUAAAUAGUAUUUUACACCUUAUUUUUUUGCCUUUACUUCAUAAGUCAUUUGAAAUCACUGGACUACUUUUCAUGUAUUCAGGGCAAGAUGGAUUCUUUUUCUAUCAGGAAUUUGCAUUGAAUUAUAUUAGGCUCUUUGGCAAUUUGUAUUCUAACUAAAUCAAAUGUAGGAUUGUCACACUGUAUUUAAAUGGUAAUAUUUUAAAACAGAUUUUCCUCCUGGGAUAUGUGAAGAUUUUUGAAAUGGAGAGAAAGCAUGAGAGAAAAAAACAAACUUGGGUUCAGAAAACGGGCCCGGGGCUGAAUGAUUCAUAUUGGGACGCGAGUAAGGAGUCUAGAGGGAAUACCCUUAGGUUAGGGAGCUGCUCAUUUUUUCUAGAUUAUUUAAAUCAGAUAAAAGCAAUAUAGUUGAGAUGAAAUCAGCUAUUUCAUUCAGAAAACAAAUUCUGGUUUUGGAAUGUUUGUAGUAGCCUUUUUUUUUUCCUCUUUAAAUAUUUUGCUUCAGGAUAGUUCACAGUGUUAUUCAUCAGUUUCAUCUACAAUCCUUUCUCAUAUUCUUGGUGAAAACAACCUUUGCUUUAGACACUUAGACUGGAAAGACUACAGAAACAAGGGUUCAGUUCAACAGCGUGAGAGUUUGAAUUAUUUCAUGUUCUAUAAAGUGACGCAUAGAAAGACGGAAGUAUUUUUUAUGACUUUUUAUGUUUAACGGCUGUGCUGAGUGAGCACAAAGCUUUAUCCUCGGCUAUAUAUAGCAUAUCCUAAAACUGUUACAGGUUUUCAGCCUACUGUGAUCCAUUUAGACUGUGCUGGCAUUCGCUCUGCCGCCGCCGCGAAUAGUCUCGAUUUGAAGCAUGUGUUUUAGGGCCAUUGAAAGCAAUCUUCCAUUAAUUCAGAUAAAACCAGUUUACAUGUGCAAAGUUACAGAAUGGCAUUUUCAGCUCUGUAAACAGUGACUCUGUGAGCACCUUCAAAUCUUGUUGUAUUUCUAAAAAUUACUGCUUUUAGAUUUGGUUGUCACUAAGCACUUUAAAAAAAAAAAAGAAAGAAAGAAAGAAAAAAACAGAGGGAGAGAAGGCAGCCAUUGCUAUUUUUCUGGUGGAGUCAUUGCUCCUUGGAAGUGGCCUCAGCAGUAGAAUUCAGAAAUAAAUAUUAAACACUAACGUGCAGAUUUCUUUCUUAGUCACAUUGAAAAAGUCUGCAUAGUGCUGAAUUCUAGCAUAUGUGUGUGCACAAGAAACAUCUUUUUAUUUAUUUAUUUUUUUUUUGAUGCUUUGAAAUAAAGUAGCUUAAAGGGAUCGUUGUACUGUGUUUGAUUUUUAAAAUAUCCUCUUGAAACAUCAGAUAUAAUUUAACAUCGUGUUUUAACUUUUCAGGAGUUCAAAUGCCUGUUGUAAAUAUACCAUCUACCUUUUAUUUUUGCUGUGAAUAAAGAUCAGCUUUUGGA